AUGAUGGAUAAUAAUAAUAAUUAUAGAUAGAAGAAUUAAAUUUAUGUAUUUGUCAUUUUAAUUAAAUAGAAGUACUUUGUAAAAUAUUGGAAAUUAAUUUUUUGUGAAUGGGAAGAGUUAUUAUUAACUACUUGA